AAGCACAAAAACACACCUAUCCCCAACACUUUAAUCAUCCCAACUCAACGUGUGGGAGUUCUACCAAACAUUGGUGGAGAGAAACGGCAUCGCUUAAUUGUAAAGCAUUGUUAGAAGUUAAUGGUUACACCAUCACCACCUUGAAUCGUGAUUUUCCAAACCCUAAUUUAACCAAUACCAAUUUUCUUCUUUCUCUUCCCACUUUUCACACCUCCGCAAAACCCUAAUUUCACAUCCACAAUGAAAAGGAAGAGAAGUUCUUCUUCUCUCAAAUCCUCACAACAAAUACAAAUGGUUUCUUCUUCCAUCAAAACAUAUUCAUAUUUACCUGAUGAAUGCUGGGAAUCGAUCUUCAGGUUCAUCAUCAACCAGUACCAAACAGUUCCUCACAGUUUCUUCUCCCGUCACUCAGAAUCUAUCUUGAAUUCUCUUUCCCUUGUCUCCAAACAAUUCCUCUCAAUAACCAACCGUCUCCGUUUAUCUAUAACCGUUGUUAACUUUUCUCCAACCAUCAGUAUCCGCCCCAUCUUCCAAAGAUUCACCAACCUAAACUCCCUCAAAUUCGCAUUGUACAAUGAACUCGACGGGUUUCUCUGUAAAAUCUCUCAUUUCCCAUUGAAAAAACUCACAUCUCUCAUUAUCUCCAACAGACACACCAUUCCCGCAAAUGGGUUGCGAGUUUUCACUCAAAAUAUUACAACUUUGACCUCUCUCACUUGUUUCGACAUUGCAGAUUUCAAUACCACUGACCUGUUCCUCAUCGCGGAAUGUUUUCCUUUGCUCGAAGAACUCAACCUCAGCUUCCGCUCAGGUUGGAAAAAUAAAAAUAAAGUUACCCAUUACAAUAACUAUUGUGAUGGGGUAGAGGCUCUUUCACUUGCACUUCUCAAACUCCGCAAGGUUAAUCUUUCUGGCUUUCCCAUGAGCGACAAAUCGAUUUUUCACUUGUUUAACAAUUGUAAGCUUCUUGAAGAGGUUACCAUGUUUUGGUGUGAUCAAAUGACUAUUGCUGGAAUUGCUUCUGCUAUCCGUGAGAGACCAACAUUGAGGUCUUUAUCGUUUUGCAAUGCUUUUUUUAAUCUAAAAGAUGCCGAAGUGUCUGUUUCUUCGCAUUUUAUUGACUCAUUGCUGAGUUUGAAGGGUUUGACUUCUCUUACUUGGUGGUUUCUGAAUAUCUCUGAUGAAAUGCUCUACUCUAUUGCACGGGAAGGGCUACCUUUGACGAGGCUUGUCCUCAAAUAUUGCUUUGGCCAUAGCUAUGCUGGAAUCUUUUGUUUGUUAUCCAAGUGUGCAGGUUUGCAACAUUUGGAUCUUCAACGUGCUGGGUUUUUGAAUGAUCACUAUGUUGAUAAGUUGUCUUUGUUUCUUGGUGAUUUAGUGUCUAUAAACCUUAGUGAAUGUAUGGACCUCACAUAUUCAACCUUGUUUACACUCGUUAGGAAUUGUCCUUCACUUAGUGAGAUCAAAAUGGAAAAUAUUGGGAGUAAGAGUGUAGAGAAUUCUGAUUCUUUGCCGGAUUUUGGUGUAUUCCCUCAAUUAAAGUAUCUCUACUUGGCUGAGAAUUCAUGGUUAAGCGAUGAAAACAUCAUAAUGUUUGCUUCCAUUUUUCCCAAUUUGCAGCUGCUUGAUUUGAACUCAUGCAACCACAUAUCGGAAGGCAUUUGUCAAGUUUUAAGGAGGUGUUCUAAUAUUAGGCAUUUAAACUUAGCCCACUGUUCAAGAGUGAAUCUACUUGGAGUGAACUUUGUAGUUCCCAAGCUGGAGGUGUUGAAGUUGUCAGAUACAAAGGUUGAUGAUGAAACACUUUAUGUGAUCUCAAAGAACUGUUGUGGACUUUUGGAAUUAUUUGUGGACGGUUGUAAUGAUGUCACAGAGAAAGGAGUGAAACAUGUGAAAGAAAAUUGCUCACAACUGAGAGAACAUGGAUACGUACGUUCUUCACCCUGAAAGUGUUGUGCUGAAAGUUUGAACUCUAUUUCUUCUUCUUUUGGAACAAGGAAGGAAGCAUAAACUAUGUUUGCAUAGAACAUAAUAAUUGUGACUUGACCUGACCAUUUUCUAUGAUGUUGAUUGAAGUAGAUAUUUGGGAUAGUUGGGGUAUGACACUAUUAUUGACAAUGAUAAAUGUCAUGUUUAAUGAAGUAUGUCUACUUGGGAACCUUUGUUGGAAAGUUUGAGUGGGAAAUUGAAUUCUUGGAGUCAUAAAUAUAUUAGUUUUGGAGGUAGAAUUAUUCUCUUAAAUUCGGUUCUUAAUUCCCUUCCAAUCUUUUACUUGUCUUUCUUGAAAAUGCCGGUUCAAGUGUGCAAGAAGGUUGUUAGAAUCCAAAGAGAAUUUCUUUGGGGAGGAGUGAGAGGGGGGAAGAAAAUAAACUGGGUUAAGUGGAAUUCCGUGUGUCAAUAAAAGAGAAAUGAAGGUAUUGGGGUUAAGGAUGUUCGGGUGAUGAAUGUGAGUUUACUAGCUAAAUGGAGAUGGAGGUUGCUAAAUGGGGAAAUUGCUUUGUCGAAGGAUGUUCUAGAAGAGAAGUAUGGUCAUUGCAAAGAGGUUUUGUUGGGAGGAGUUGUUACACCUUGGCCGAGGAAUGCUUCCGUUUGGUGGAAGAUUUAGUGAAGCUAGAAGACUUUGGUGGAGCACAAGGUUGGUUCAAUUCGGAGGUUUUCCGGAAAGUAGGUAAUGAUUUCAAAACUAGUUUUUGGAAGGAUAUUUGGCGUGGAGGAGGGAGUUUUGCUCAAAAAUAUCCUAGACUUUUUUCAAUUUCAACCCAAAAGGAGGCUACGGUGGGAGAAAUAGGGGCGGCUUCGGGGGUAGGAACGGAUUGGAAUUUUAAUUGGAGAAGACAACUCUUUGUGUGGGAGGAGGAGUUGUUUACUAGCCUUCGGGAAGAUUUAGAGGGUAUGGUUUGGUCUAAUGAGGAGGAUGAGUGGAGAUGGAAAUUAGAAGAUAAUGGUUUUUUCUCGGUGAAGUCGGCAUAUUUGAAGUUGGAGGGAGUGGUGUUGAAGGAAGAUUUGUGGGAUGAAGAGGAAAGAGGGGUGUUUGAUCAAUUAUGGAAGAGUCCAGCGCCGUCGAAAGUGAUUGCAUUUACUUGGAAGGUACUCCUUAAUCGUAUCCCAACUAGAGUUAAUCUUGCCUUGAGGAAUGUUCUACCACCGGAUGCCUCAAACUUGUGUGUGUUGUGUAAUUUGAAGGAAGAAUCGGCCAUACAUCUUCUCUUGCACUGCGAAGUGGCGUCUAAGGUGUGGCUAAAUAUUAUGUUGUGGUUGGAGGUCUUGUUCUUAAUUCCAUCUAAUUUCUUUGUGCAUUGGGAGUGUUGGAGUGUGGGGAAAGAAAUAAAAAAGUAACUAAAGGACUAUGGUUAAUUUGGCACACAACCAUGUGGACUUUGUGGAAAGCGAGAAAUGACAAAAUCUUUAAGGGUAUUAGUAGAGUGGUGGAUGACAUAGUUGAGGAGAUUAAGGUUUUGUCUUGGAGAUGGAUGUUGAAUAGGACGAAUAACCCGCCAUGCCUUUUCUAUGAAUGGUGUUGGAAUCCAAGAUAUUGUCUUGCUAGAUGAUAGUUUGGUCCUUGGGUGCGGUGUAUUUCGUGAGGUAGAAGCUUUUGGUUUGGGAUUCCUAUGCAGGUUGGUUUGUGCAGCUUUUGAGGACUUUGGGUGUGUUUCGGUUUUGGAUAGUUUUUGCUGUUACUUGUUGGAUUUGUCUUCCACGAGUACUGUGAGGCUUGUGUGCAGUUUUGGCUAGUUGGUUUGUGCGGCUGCCACUUUCAAUUUUCUGUUUUCAUGUUACUUCGGCAUCUUGCUGCUGAAGUAUAUUGAUUGGUGAGGCAGGGGUAUGCUUGGGUGUCAGUGCUCUUUGGCUUGUCUGCUUGUAUAGCUUUGGUGCGGUGCUAGGAGGUCUGUGCGCUACCUGGUUUUGUGGCAGCAGUGCUGUUGUAUGUUUUAACAGCUGGGGCGAGACGUAUCAGUUGGCUGGUGGUUGUUUGCUUGCCAGGUUUUGGCUGUUAUUAGUAGUUUCGGCGGCCUUUGGUGUUGAUGCAGGGGUAUGCUUGUGGUCUGUCACUUGUAUAUGCCUGCGUCAUUACUCUUGUGGUGUGUUCCUUAGUUUAUGGGUGGUUUUUAAAGGGAUUUUUGUUCGAGCCGGAGUUUGUAUGGCAACUGAUUUCCCCUUCUUUGUAUUUUUUCUCCACCCGAGCUUAUUAGUGCGUCUUGCACGGGCUUGUUGGUUAAUAAUAUUUUGCCGAUUCAAAAAAAAAAAACUCUGCAAACACCUCCUUCAUUGUUGUUAUUUGUUGGAAGUAUAAAUUCAAUGCAGCUUUUUGUUCUUA